AUGGCCAUCUACCGGAUCGCACUCCUCGCCGUAGCGUAUCUGCAAUAUGCUUCGGCGACGAGUUGCUCUCUUCAGACGGUAUUUACCGGAUUCUGCUUCACCGACGGAGCGUUCGGAGGUGUAUGCGGAACCGGUACAUGCGUCACGGCUACGGAUGGAACAUUGAACUGCUGCCCGGCUGCCUUUCUCGUCACUUCAACCACUACGACGACUACGGUAGCCUGCGUCGACAAGACCAACCCAUUGACCGGAGUAUCUGACUGUCCGGCUAGGGUUGCUGCUGGGUAUUGCACUCGGAAGUACUACAAGGCCCUGAUGAAGAGCCAGUGCCGACUGUCGUGCGGUUACUGUACUGUUACCUCUUAUACGUCGUACACCGUCUCCGGCUGCUACGACCGUACGAACCCGUACACUGGCGUAUCUGACUGUUCUCGCCUCUCCUAUUUGUGCACCAACUCUGCCUACUACGCCGUCAUGGUCGCCCAGUGCCCAUUGACGUGCGGAUUCUGCUCCGGA